AUGAAGCGCUGCAUCCUGUUCCAGGAUCUUGAACAUUUGUUCAGACGGAGGCUGCCAGGACAAACGACGACAUUUAAAUACGAAGAAGAAGAAGAAGAAGAGCUUCGGAGACAAAGAACACAGCUGGAUGUAGCCAGAACACCUGGAAUAAAGCAGCAGAGAGCAGGUUUUCCUGACGAGGUCCAGCAGCUUUCAGAAAGUAAAAACGAUGUUCCCCUUGAGACGCAGGAGAGGAGCUACUGUCCGGACCAUGAGAUUACUGAGCCACUGCACGUUAAAGAGGAACCAGAGGAUCUGUGGAGCAGUCAGGAGGGAGAGCAGUUUCAAGAGCCACAGGAGGAUGAUAUCAUCAAGUUCACCUUUUUUCCUGUCCCUGUGAAGUGUGAAGAUGAUGAAGAGAAUUCCCAGUCCUCACAACUUGACCACAGAGAAGCUAAAGGGGUGGAAACAGGAUCUGAUGGAGAGGGCUGUGGAGGAUCAGAAAUAGACAGGUACUUUGAUCCAGAUGAAGAUUUACAGCCAGAGAUUGAGGUCAAGAUUGAAGAAACAUCUGAGACUGAAGACGGUGCUCAUUGGAAGGAAACAAGAGGACACCAAUCAGGGUUAAUCUCAGAUGAAAGCAUCACAAACAGGGUAACAGAGACUGAUAAGAAAUCCCAUAAUUGCUCUGUGUGUGGAAAGGGAUUUAACCAUAGAGGUAAUCUGACAAAACAUAUGAGAAUUCACACAGGAGAGAAACCAUUUGCAUGUUCUGAAUGUGGCAAAAGGUUCAACCAACAAGGAAGUAUGACUAUACACAUGAGAAUCCACUCAGAGGAGAAACCCUUCGGCUGCUCUGAGUGUGGUAAAAGAUUUUACCAAAAAGGUUCUCUUACAGAACACAUGCGAACUCACACUGGAGAGAAACCCUUCAGCUGCUCUGAGUGUGGUCAAAAAUUUACCCAACACGGAAGCAUGACUAAACACAUGAGAAUCCACUCAGGAGAGAAACCUGUUCGCUGCUCUGAAUAUGAUGACAUCUCUUACCAAAAAAGUAACCUGAACAGAAAUAUGUUAAAUCAAACUCGGCAGAACAUCUUUAGUUGCUCUGACUGUGGAAAAACCUUUUCCCAUAAAGGAAAUAUGAAUAAACAUAUGAGAAUCCACGCAGAAGAGAAACCCUUUAGCUGCCCCGAGUGUGAUAAAAGAUUUAGUCUCAAACAUCACCUGACAAAUCAUAUGACAACACACACAGGAGAGAAACCAUACAGCUGUCCCGAGUGUGAUAAAAGAUUUAGCCAACAAGAAAGUGUGGCCAGACACAUGAUGAUUCACACAAGAGAGAAACCAUUUGCCUGUUUUGUGUGUGGUAAAAAGUUCAGCCUUAAACAUCAUUUGACAAGUCAUUUGAGAAUGCACACGGGAGAGAAAAACUUUGGCUGCUCUGAGUGUGGUAAAAGAUUUAGCCAAAAAGGUCAUCUGACAGAACAUGAGCGAACGCACACAGGAGAGAAACCGUUUGGUUGUUCUGAAUGUGGCAAAAGAUUUAACUUAAAGUCUUACCUGACACUUCACAUGGCUCAUCAUAGAGGUGAGAAACCCUUCAGCUGCAAUGUCUGCCACCAAAGGUUUGCUUGGAUUUCCCAGUUAAAAGUUCACAAAUGUGUUGGAGAUCAGACUUUAGAACCUCUUCAAAGCCAAACUGGGGAGGAACCAUGGAGCAGUCAGAAAGGAAAGCAGCCUCAAGAGCUAAAGGAGGCUGACAUAAUCAAGUUCACAUAUUUUCCUGCCUCUGUAAAAUGUGAAGAAGAUGAAGAGAAACCUGAUUUCUCACAGCUGAAUCAAGGACCAACGGAACAGAUGGAAACAAGAGAUGAAGAGGAUUGUGAACGAUCAGAAGUGGACAGGUACUUUGAUCUAGAGAGAAACUUACAGCCAGAAGUUGAGGUCAAGAUUGAAGACUCUUCUGAACCUGAGACUGAAGACACUUUUAAGUGGAGGGAGACAACAGAACCUCAGUUAGGUCUAAACUCCGGGAAAUUCUGAAUCCCAUUUCAGUGAUGUGAGGUGUUCUACAUGAAAGAAAACACACAGCUUCUCUGAGGAUGAUAACAAAAUCAAAUGAACUUACUUUUUUGAAAGAGACACAGUUCAGAAAAUGGAGGAGAAAAUAUUUCAUUUCUGCUUCAAGACAUGUAAGUAAGGAGGAUAUUUGAAAAUAAGCAUCAUUUAGUAAAUUGUACUUUUUAAUAAGGAGCAUUAAUGUUAACCUUCAGGCAUCACUAGGGACAUUUUUGGCCAUUUGGGCAUAUUUUUCCUCUUUCUCUGCUCACUAUUUUGGCUGUGUUAGUGCAUAUGAUCGAUUUUUUGCAACAAAGUUUCUUUCCAGGCAGAUGUUUUAAUUCAAAUUUCAAUUGCUCUGAUAGCUCAGAGGAACACUGUAAACAAAUUUACUACCCUUUAAAGCCAUUAAGGACAAAAAUGUCCAUUUCCAUAAAACUGCUAUAAUAACUUAACAGAUUAAUAUUUUUUCUGCUUUUUUGCAUAAAUCUCUUUAAAAAAUUCAGCUGUGCUCAGAACUACCAAACAUUCAAUCAUUUUCAGGAUUUUAACCUUUUCAAUGCCAGUUUGAUUACUUAAAGUCAAUGUUGUUUUUUAUGGAAAAAAUAUGAUAUCUUCCUUAAAUCAAAUAUUGGAUGUCUGGGACAUUAUUUCUAAAUCCAGCUUGGGCAUGUCAAUGAUUAGCCAAAAUAUUGACUUUGAUGCAUUUUUAGUUUUUUUGUAGCAUCCAAUUUAAAA